AUGGCAAGCACUUAACCACUACGCUUACCGCGAUGCAGUGUUCCUUGCAGAAAGAUUAUACGCAGAAGGCUUGCAGAAGGAGAGCAGAUCUUAUCUGGUGGAGUGUUGAAUAAGCAGAAAAGCCAUGAUGACAUUGUUAUGGAGUUUGGUGACUCUGCAUGCUUUACACUCUCCUUACUGGGACAUGUCUACUGCAAGACAGACCGGCUUGCCAAAGGAUCAGAAUGUUACCAAAAGAGCCUUAGUUUAAAUCCUUUCCUCUGGUCCCCUUUUGAAUCGCUAUGUGAAAUAGGUGAAAAACCAGACCCUGACCAAACAUUUAAAUUAACAUCUUUACAGAACUUCAGCAGCUGUCUGCCUAACACUUGCACAACAUUGGUAUCUAAUCACAACAUAUCCCAUAGACAGCCUGAGACUGUCCUCAUGGAAACGCCGCAAGACACAAUUGAGCUGAACAGAAUCAACCUAGAAUCCUCCAAUUCAAAAUAUUCUUCCUUGAAUACGGAUUCUUCUAUGUCUUACAUUGACUCGGCUGUAAUUUCACCGGAUACUGUCCCUCUUGGGUCAGGAACUGCCAUAUUGUCUAAACAGGCUCAAAAUAAACCAAAAACUGGGCGGAGUUUACUGGGGGGACCUGCGGCUUUGAGCCCACUAACUCCAAGCUUUGGAAUUUUGCCACUAGAAACCCCAAGCCCUGGAGAUGGAUCGUAUUUGCAAAACUACACAAACUCUUCUUCUGUAAUUGAUGUGCCAUCCACAGGAGCGCCUUCAAAGAAGACUGUCAGCAGGAUAAGCCAAGCUGGAACAAAAUCUGUCUUCUCACAGAGCGGAAAUAGCCGGGAAGUCACUCCAAUUCUUGUUGCACAAACACAGAGCUCUGGCCCACAGACAAGUACAACACCUCAGGUAUUGAGCCCAACAAUUGCUGCUCCACCAAACGCACUGCCUCGAAGAAGCUCUCGCCUGUUUACUAGUGAUAGCUCUACAACAAAGGAAAAUAGCAAAAAAUUGAAAAUGAAGUUUCCACCUAAAAUUCCAAACAGAAAAACAAAAAGUAAAACAAAUAAGGGAGGAAUAACUCAACCAAACUUAAAUGACAGUUUGGAAAUCACCAAACUGGACUCUUCCAUUAUUUCAGAAGGGAAAAUUUCUACUGUUGCACCACAGAUCCAGGCUUUUACGCUACAGAAGGCAGCAGCAGAAGGUUUGAUGAGCCUUCUUCGUGACAUGGGGAAAGGUUAUUUAGCCUUAUGUUCAUACAACUGCAAAGAAGCGAUAAAUAUUUUAAGCCAUUUACCAUCCCACCACUACAACACUGGCUGGGUGCUGUGCCAAAUUGGGAGAGCUUACUUCGAACUUGCAGAAUAUAUGCAGGCUGAGAGAAUAUUUUCAGAAGUAAGGAGGAUUGAAAACUACAGAGUAGAAGGCAUGGAGAUCUAUUCAACUACGCUGUGGCAUCUGCAGAAAGAUGUUGCUCUUUCAGUUCUUUCAAAGGAUUUGACGGACAUGGAUAAAAACUCACCAGAGGCAUGGUGUGCUGCGGGGAACUGUUUCAGCUUGCAACGAGAGCAUGACAUUGCGAUCAAGUUCUUCCAGAGAGCCAUUCAAGUUGAUCCAAACUAUGCUUAUGCCUACACCCUGUUGGGGCACGAAUUUGUGUUAACAGAAGAACUAGACAAAGCAUUAGCUUGUUUUAGAAAUGCAAUCAGAGUUAACCCUAGACACUAUAAUGCAUGGUAUGGGUUGGGAAUGAUUUAUUACAAACAGGAAAAAUUCAGUCUAGCAGAAAUGCAUUUCCAGAAAGCACUUGAUAUUAAUCCUCAGAGCUCAGUCUUACUGUGUCACAUUGGAGUAGUCCAGCAUGCACUGAAAAAAUCUGAAAAGGCUUUGGAUACUUUAAACAAAGCCAUUAACAUUGACCCCAAGAACCCGCUAUGCAAAUUCCAUAGAGCUUCUGUAUUAUUUGCAAAUGAAAAAUACAAGUCUGCUUUACAAGAACUUGAAGAACUGAAACAGAUUGUUCCCAAAGAGUCUCUUGUUUACUUUUUAAUAGGAAAGGUUUAUAAAAAACUGGGUCAAACACACUUGGCCCUGAUGAAUUUCUCAUGGGCAAUGGACUUAGAUCCCAAAGGAGCCAAUAACCAGAUUAAAGAGGCCAUUGACAAACGUUACCUUCCAGAUGAUGAGGAACCAAUAACUCAAGAAGAGCAAAUCAUUGGCACAGACGAAUCCCAAGAGAGCAGCAUGACGGAUGCAGAUGACACACAGCUCCAUGCAGUUGAAAGUGAUGAAUUUUAA